AUGCGACUCCUCAAUUCAAUAACGCUUCAGCUAGCCGAGUUUACAGAGAGGGAUCUCCCGCCGUACGCUAUCCUCUCCCACACGUGGGAGACCGAAGAGGUUUCUUUCCAAGACAUGCAAGGUGGCGAACCAAAGUGGAAAAAAGGGUACCAGAAGAUUCAGGGCUGUUGCAUAAUUGCUGCAGCGACUGGAUUCGAGUACGUUUGGGUUGACACUUGCUGUAUCGACAAAACGAGUAGUGCAGAACUCUCCGAAGCAAUUAAUUCCAUGUACUCUUGGUAUCAGAAGGCCGACGUCUGCUACGUUUAUUUAUCAGACUAUCAUUUUGGUAUAUCUCAUGGGAACCCCCUAUCUACGUUAGCGACCAGCAGAUGGUUUCAAAGGGGCUGGACACUACAGGAGUUAAUUGCACCUCAAAGCAUUAUAUUCUUUAACCGCUAUUGGAAAGACAUUGGGACCAAACAAAGCCUAAGGGUAUUAAUAUCCAAGAUCACCAAUAUUCAAGUUGAAGCACUUUUGGGAACAAGCCUUGAAAGCUUUAGUAUAGCGCAGAGGAUGUGCUGGGCCUCUCAGAGACAGACUACUAGGGUCGAGGAUGAAGCUUAUAGCCUUAUGGGCAUAUUCGGUGUGCAUAUGCCAAUGCUUUAUGGUGAAGGAGACCAUGCUUUUAUCCGGCUACAAGUGGAGAUUAUCAGAAGAUCUACUGAUCAUACAAUUUUCGCAUGG